CUCACAAAACUGCAAAACUGUCUUUACCACCCUCUGACCUUUUAUAUAAUUGUAGUGCUGCAGUGGCGAACAGAGAAACUAGGCUGCUACCAGAAAUAUGGCAAACUCAUGCACCAAAAGACUAGCUGGAAAGAUUGUUUUCAUCACUGGAGCAGCUCAGGGGAUUGGAAGGGCAACUGCUCUUAGAUGUGAUGAUGAAGGAGCUGAGGUGAUCGCUACUGACCUCAAUUUUGAGAAGCUGAAGGAGCUUCAGUCGGAGAGAUCAUCGAUCAAGAUAGACACGCUGGACGUCACAAAGAGUGAAGAUGUGAAGGCAAUGAUCACUGAAAAAUACCCUCAACUGAAUGUUUUGUUCAACUGUGCUGGUUAUGUUUUCAAUGGCACCAUUGAGACGACGACAGAGAAGGACUGGGACAGAAGUUUUGACAUCAAUGUCAAGAGCAUGUUUUGCACUUCACAAACGUGCAUCAAGCUGUGGAAGGAGAAAGGAGUGGCUGGUAACAUCAUCAACAUGGCGUCGGUGGCCUCCAGUAUCAAAGGAGCCACUAAUCGUUGUGUGUAUGGUGCUACAAAGGCUGCUGUGAUUGGUCUCACCAAGUCAAUUGCUAUCGACUAUGUUGGUAACAAGAUUAGAUGCAAUGCCAUUUGCCCAGGUACAAUUGACACCCCGUCUCUAAAUGACAGGAUGAAAGCUACUGGUGAUUAUGACAAGUCGAGGACAGACUUCAUUACCAGACAGAAGCUUGGGCGUCUUGGGGCACCUGAAGAAGUGGCUAGCAUGUUUGUCUACCUGGCCAGUAAUGAGUCAAACUUUGUCACUGGGACCUGCUUCACUAUUGAUGGAGGAUGGAGCAUAUAACUUUUCUAGUGUACUGUAUAGUUUAUUGUAGCUAUAAGUAGAUCUAUUUGGCUAUUGAUGGAGCAUAUAACUUUUCUAGUGUGCUGUAUAUAGUUUAUUGUAGCUACAUGUAGAUCUAUUUGGCACAUUAAUAAAAUAAUGGAUGAUCAUGAAUAGAAUAUGAAACCAUGUGA